CCGCUGCCGGCCAAGAAACCGCCAUGAAGUUUCGCGCCAAGAUCGUGGACCUGGCUUGUCUGAAUCACUUCACACGUGAGCUGGCAGGGCUGCGGGGAGCGAGCGGAGAGUGCGGCUGCAGCCCUGAGUCAGUAACAUGAUAGCCAAACUUGCCAAAACCUGUACCCUCCGCAUCAGUCCGGAGAAGCUGAACUUCAUCCUUUCGGACAAGCUGGCCAGUGGUGGGGUGAGCAUGUGGUGUGAGCUGGAACAGGAGAACAUUUUUAGUGAAUUUCAGAUGGAAGGAGUCUCUGCAGAAAACAAUGAGAUUUAUUUAGAAUUAACGUCAGAAAACUUAUCUCGAGCCUUGAAGACUGCCCAGAAUGCCAGAGCCUUGAAAAUCAAGCUGACUAACAAACACUUUCCCUGUCUUACGGUGUCUGUAGAGCUGCAGUUGUCCUCAUCCAGCAGUAGUAGAAUUGUGACCCAUGAUAUCCCCAUAAAGGUGAUUCCUAGAAGAUUGUGGAAGGACUUACAAGAACCCUCUGUCCCAGACUCUGAUGUCAGUAUUUAUUUACCAGCCUUGAAGACAAUGAAGAGUGUUGUGGAAAAAAUGAAAAAUAUCAGCAAUCAUCUGGUUAUUGAAGCAAACCUAAAUGGAGAUCUGAACCUAAAGAUAGAAACUGAGUUGGUAUGUGUGACAACUCAUUUUAAGGAUCUUGGAAACCCUAUAUUACCCUCUGAGAGUGUCUCUCAAAACAGACACCCAGAAGACAUGGUCGAGGUGCACAUCGACAUAAAGAAACUCCUCCAGUUCCUUGCAGGACAGCAAGUGACUCCCACCAAGGCUGUGUGCAAUAUUGUGAGUAACAGGAUUGUUCAUUUCGAUUUGCUUCUGGACGACAUCUCCCUUCAGUAUUUCAUCCCAGCCUUGUCCUAGCGCCAUCUCAGCAGACUUAGGAGCACAGAGACCUCUGUCGUGAUGAGAGAAGCUCUGGAUGGUGAGCAGGGCAGCUGCCCGUCCUCACAGCACCACAGGCUUGCACUCGACUCUCUCUCCAUGCUGGUGUAGGUACAAGUGGAAUUAGCGAAGCACAGUCAGACAAUCAUUCCUUCAUAUUUCUCAAGACCAGCACUUGUCCCCUUAUCCCCUGGGUCUAAGACAUGAAGAAGAAAAGAUGGAAUUUUUUUUCUAGGGUCUUUUGUUGUUUUGUUUUCCUUUGGUGUUAGAGAUGUGCUCUGCCACUGAGUGGCUCCCCAGCCUAUCUAAAGUGUGAGUAGCAGUUUGUCACUGAUGCUUCAAGCUCAUCGUGUGUAUAGCUUGGUGUUGCAGUCAGAAUUCACAGCAAUACUACUCAGCUAGUUCCCAGCUUAGUCCCUGAAAUGCUGCAGUUGUCUGCUUUCAGGUUUUCAGCAUGCUCAUCUCUCCCAACCGCCGUGUCUGGGAGCUCAGUGCAAACCAUUCAACCCCUCUGUCCCUGGCAGCAUGCCUGGUUUCUCACCAAUACAGCUACAACAUGUGGAGCCUUGCCCAACGUACUGAAGGUUCAAGUUCACUUCCUUCUCACUGCCUGAAGAACCUGUCAGCCUAGGGAACCUGCAGAGCCUCUCCUCUCAGCCUGGGGAACCUGCAGAACCUCACAGCCUGGGGAACCUGCAGAGCCUCACAGCCUGGGGAACCUGCAGAGCCUUUCCUCUCAGCCUGGAGAACCUGCAGAACCUCUCCUCUCAGCCUGGGGAACCUGCAGAACCUCUUCUCUCAGCCUGGGGACCCUGCUGCUCGGGAGCCUGAGAUCUUGAAGACUAGCAACCAGUUUCCAUCUUGAACUUGUCCUUCUGUAUACUUUUCGCUUGAGCCCACUUUGAUUUUAAGGUAUAACUUAUUUUACUUUUUUGUAGUGCUCAGGAUCAAAUCCAGGAAUGGGAACAUGUUAGACAAGCCCUCUGUGCCAAACUAUAUCCCUAGUCAUCUAAAUCAUAAUUCUGUAUAAUUCUUCCACAGUUUCAGAGUCACCUUUCUCUAAAGCACAUUGUGUUUUGCAUAAAGCAGCUGAAGCUUGGCCAUCAUAGGCAAGGCUGUGUUCUGCUCCUGUUUUGGAGCUGGCUCACCCUGGAGGAUGUACUUCCUCCAAAAACACCCUAGCAGGCUUCCUGAUUUAACUAGGUGUCAGGUGUCCCAUGAAGUGGCAUCAGAGACUGUUUCCAUGUCAGAGUUAAGAUCUAAGUUGCUAGGAUAAGAUUUUAAAAAGGCGUGCGGGGUGUUUAGGGAAAAUAUUGUUUCUUAAGCGCUGCAAGGAUAAUAUAUGUAGUUUAAGGUGGCCUUAGAUGAGCUGGAGCUAAUAUUGGCCUUGAACUGCUGAGCCUCCUACUCCCUAGGUGUUUAGAUGACAGAUAUGAGCCGCCAUGCCUCUAGCUCUAUAUUUAAUAAGAUAGAUUUAGUUAAACUAACAUUUUAAAAUUAGGGAUUUUUUAAAAUUGUUAAAGCAUUUCUUUGGUUCAUAAUGUGAGGCAGUCCAGGUGCCAUGAUAUAGCCUCAAAAUCAUGAUGCAAAUGAAAUUUCAGGAAGUUCCCUAUGAAGCUUCUUUUUCUGUCUAAGUGUCAGUGCCUCACUUGUCUCUAAGGUCCCCACUGUGCCACAUGCUGUUGGUGAUGACUUAGUAACUUAACAUGGGCGAGAAGAAGCCCUCACUGGCAGUCAGGGGGCUGUGGUCUUCCUGGUUCUUGUCACAACUUUCUGCAUAGUGUUCAUAGCUGUAUCUCACAGAUCUGAAGUAAAAGCAGGGAGCUCAGAGUGGGGUUAUAGGGUUUAGAGCUACUUUGUGGAACCUUGUCCUGAGGUGAGAGCAGAGUUUUGCUAUGUAUAGAAGAAGCAUGGUGUCUGAGGCUUGGAGGCAUUUCCCCUAAUUCCUAAGAAUGCUUUCCUGAAUGUUAGAACCAGUGAGGUACCCCCUGACCCUGCCUGCCAGAGCUCAGAACCCACAUCCCUGGUAACUAUGCCUUGAACUGAGAUUUAAGACCAUCCUAACAACGGGUCAAAAAUGCAGAAGAAUUCUUAAUGUAGCCAUUUUUGACAAUGUCCAAGCAGCCUUUUUAAUCCUGUGGGCAUCCCCUGGUCCAGCAAACACCUUCCUACCCAUCAGGUCUCCAGACUGAGUGCGUCCUGCCCUGCAUCCUGCCACAAAGAAACCUGCUCUUGGAAGCCUGAAAGGCGGUUCAACAUUAGUUUUGACUUGAGGCAGGAAUACUAGUUCUUCCACCAGAUGCAGUGGCCGAUGACAUAUUGGUAAAUGUCACCCAGUUGGUUGAGUGUCUGUUGUUUUUAAGAGACAAAAAUCUGUACUUUUUUAUUUUAAAGACGUUGGGAUAUCAAAGUGCACAGCCUAGAGGUUCUUCCUUGAUGGUUCAGUCACGCAGUCACCCCACCUUUCACUCUACGCCUUCCUCCUGGGCUACUUAUUAUUUACUCUCUGUUUCCAUACUCACUGGUUCUGGACAGCUUUCUAAGCUCCUCCCCAGGUGCCCAGGCCUCUGGUAACCACCAUCCUUUACUUUUGCUGUGAGGGCCCGAUGUGAGGUUCUUGACUCUCAUGGUUCUGUAUCAGUGUCUGUAUAUUGAGUACAUACAUACCUUAGCCUUCACAGCAUGGCUUUGCCCAUGGCUAUUUUUGUAUAGUGAGUCUGUCUAGAAAUUCUGUAUGCCUGCAUGCGCUGCAACCAUUGCAAAGCUUGAUGGCAUUGCCAUUUCCACGAGGGUGGACUUCUGCAUUUGUACUUCGACGGCAGUGAGGCUCAUCCCCCUCUCUUUUUUUUCCUUUUAAUGGCCCUGAGUAGUCUAGCUCUGCUCUGCUCAUAAUGUCCCAUGUGAAGAUACCAGACCCAAGCAGGUCUCCUACAAAGUCUCAGAAUGUGGGGGAGCAAAAUGCCCAGCUCCCACCUAUUUUUUCCACUAUAGAAUCAAAUACUGGGACUUUCUCCAUGUGUGGUCCUGUGAGUUUGGUAGAGCAGUCUUAGAGUUACCCUGUCUGCCUUUCUCCUCAUGGUUUUGCAUUUCUCUGUGGCCCAGUGGGUACCACAACUUCACUUUGGCAUUCAGGGGAUUCAGGGUGAUGACCUUGCUCUGGAAAGUUACUAGUUGGAUUAUGUGAUGACAUGGAGAAAUCCUAGAUUUCUGCUCCGCCAUUUUACUAAUGCCACACUCCAACUCUGCUUUUGUGUGGAUUCUGAUGGAGAAUCUAAAAGGGAACCUGGGCUUGUGGGUUUUCUCUAAGCAGUGUUCAACUAGGAGGUGAUAAAUUAGGAUCAUUUGCACAUUAGGGAAGGGGGUGUUAGCAGCACUUCCUGGUAUGCAGUUUGCUGUCUACUAUCUGUGGGAAAACUUGAAACUGCUCCCUUUGAUUAAUACUUAUGCUCGUAAGACUUCUUACACAGGUUAUAGUCAAAGCUGAGCACUGUUAUAAAUUAAGGAUUUCUUAAUGUGAAUGACUGGGGAAUUGGCAGGCGAUCUGAUCUGUGUGUGAUGCAAUGUCAUUUCCUAAUGCUACAGGACAAAGCACUAUAUAUAUGUAUGGUAACAAAGCCAGUGGGAUGUUGGUGUUCAGUGUGGCAAAGAAGACCAGGAAGUGUACAUCUAAACCCAGCUAGCUCUGGGUGGUUUUUAUUUCAGUGUUUUUAUAUGUGUGUGUUUUCUGGCAAUUUCGUAACCAACUUUGUAAUGAAAAUAUUUUUAUA